GCUGCCGCCGCCGCAGACGCGGCUACUGUGACUUCUCCGAUUGUGUGAGCUUUGUUGGAGCCUGCGUACGUGGAUUUAUCGCUGCCACGGUCUGCGUAGCUCCAGAGGUUUAACCAUAGGAUAGAGAAACCAGACUCCUCUUCAGCAUCUUCCCUGGGAAUUGCUGUGAGUUUAGGCCGGCCCGUUUUGAGCAGGAGCAGCAGCCGAACAGUAGACCUGCUGGAGGAAGUGGGGCUGCAGAUCGGAGACACAGCAUUUUCGUCACCCAAACCUCUUGAAGCCAUAUCUACAGUAUCAGCUCAAGUGGAAGAGCUUGCCGUCAAAUGAGUGUAAUGAGGAAAUCAAAAUGGAUCCAAGUAUGGGUGUGAAUUCUGUUACCAUUUCUGUUGAGGGUAUGACUUGCAAUUCCUGUGUUUGGACCAUUGAGCAGCAGAUUGGAAAAGUGAAUGGUGUGCAUCACAUUAAGGUAUCACUGGAAGAAAAAAAUGCAACUAUUAUUUAUGACCCUAAGCUACAGACUCCAAAGACCCUACAGGAAGCUAUUGAUGACAUGGGCUUUGAUGCUGUUCUCCAUAAUCCUGACCCUCUCCCUGUUUUAACUGACACCUUGUUUCUGACUGUUACGGCUUCACUGACUUUGCCAUGGGACCAUAUCCAAAGCACAUUGCUCAAGACCAAGGGUGUGACAGACAUUAAAAUUUACCCUCAGAAAAGAACUGUAGCAGUGACAAUAAUCCCUUCUAUAGUGAAUGCCAAUCAGAUAAAAGAGCUGGUUCCAGAACUCCGUUUAGAUACUGGGACACUGGAGAAAAAGUCAGGAGCUUGCGAAGAUCAUAGUAUGGCUCAAGCUGGUGAAGUCGUGCUGAAGAUGAAAGUGGAAGGGAUGACCUGCCAUUCAUGUACUAGCACCAUUGAAGGAAAAAUUGGGAAACUGCAAGGUGUUCAGCGAAUUAAAGUCUCCUUGGACAAUCAAGAAGCUACUAUUGUUUAUCAACCUCAUCUUAUCUCUGUAGAGGAAAUGAAAAAGCAGAUUGAAGCUAUGGGCUUUCCAGCAUUUGUCAAAAAGCAGCCCAAGUACCUCAAAUUGGGAGCUAUUGAUGUAGAACGUCUAAAGAACACACCAGUUAAAUCCUCAGAAGGGUCACAGCAAAGGAGUCCAUCAUAUACCAGUGAUUCAACAGCCACUUUCAUCAUUGAUGGCAUGCAUUGUAAAUCAUGUGUGUCAAAUAUUGAAAGUACUUUAUCUGCACUCCAAUAUGUAAGCAGCAUAGUAGUUUCUUUAGAGAAUAGGUCUGCCACUGUGAAGUAUAAUGCAAGCUCAGUCACUCCAGAAUCCCUGAGAAAAGCAAUAGAGGCUAUAUCACCGGGGCUAUAUAGAGUUAGUAUUGCAAGUGAAGUUGAGAGUGCCUCAAACUCUCCCUCCAGCUCAUCUCUUCAGAAGAUUCCUUUGGAUGUAGUUAGCCAGCCUCUGACACAAGAAACUGUGAUAAACAUUGAUGGCAUGACUUGUAAUUCCUGUGUGCAGUCUAUUGAGGGUGUCAUAUCAAAAAAGCCAGGUGUAAAAUCCAUACGAGUCUCCCUUGCAAAUAGCAAUGGGACUAUUGAGUAUGAUCCUCUACUAACCUCUCCAGAAACCUUGAGAGGAGCAAUAGAAGACAUGGGAUUUGAUGCUACCUUGUCAGACACGAAUGAGCCAUUGGUAGUAAUAGCUCAGCCUUCAUCGGAAAUGCCGCUUUUGCCUUCAACUAAUGAAUUUUAUACUAAAGGGAUGACACCAGUUCAAGACAAGGAGGAAGGAAAGACUUCAUCUAAGUGUUACAUACAGGUCACUGGCAUGACUUGCGCUUCCUGUGUAGCAAACAUUGAACGGAAUUUAAGGCGGGAAGAAGGAAUAUAUUCUAUACUUGUGGCCCUGAUGGCUGGCAAGGCAGAAGUAAGGUAUAAUCCUGCUGUUAUACAACCCCCAAUGAUAGCAGAGUUCAUCCGAGAGCUUGGAUUUGGAGCCACUGUGAUAGAAAAUGCUGAUGAAGGAGAUGGUGUUUUGGAACUUGUUGUGAGGGGAAUGACGUGUGCCUCCUGCGUACAUAAAAUAGAGUCUAGUCUCACAAAACACAGAGGGAUCCUAUACUGCUCCGUGGCCCUGGCAACCAACAAAGCACAUAUUAAAUAUGACCCAGAAAUUAUUGGUCCUAGAGAUAUUAUCCAUACAAUUGAAAGCUUAGGUUUUGAAGCUUCUUUGGUCAAGAAGGAUCGGUCAGCAAGUCACCUAGAUCAUAAACGAGAAAUAAGACAAUGGAGACGGUCUUUUCUUGUGAGUCUGUUUUUUUGUAUUCCUGUAAUGGGGCUGAUGAUAUAUAUGAUGGUUAUGGACCACCACUUUGCAACUCUUCACCAUAAUCAAAACAUGAGUAAAGAAGAAAUGAUCAACCUUCAUUCUUCUAUGUUCCUGGAGCGCCAGAUUCUUCCAGGAUUGUCUGUUAUGAAUUUGCUGUCCUUUUUAUUGUGUGUACCUGUACAGUUUUUCGGAGGCUGGUACUUCUACAUUCAGGCUUAUAAAGCACUGAAGCAUAAGACAGCAAAUAUGGACGUACUGAUUGUGCUGGCAACCACCAUUGCAUUUGCCUACUCUUUGGUUAUUCUUCUAGUUGCAAUGUAUGAGAGAGCCAAAGUGAACCCUAUUACUUUCUUUGACACACCCCCUAUGCUGUUUGUGUUUAUUGCACUAGGCCGAUGGCUGGAACAUAUAGCAAAGGGCAAAACAUCAGAGGCUCUUGCAAAGCUAAUUUCACUACAAGCUACAGAAGCAACUAUUGUAACUCUUGAUUCUGAUAAUAUCCUCCUCAGUGAAGAACAAGUGGAUGUGGAACUUGUACAACGUGGAGAUAUCAUUAAAGUAGUUCCAGGAGGCAAAUUUCCAGUGGAUGGUCGUGUUAUUGAAGGACAUUCUAUGGUAGAUGAGUCCCUCAUCACAGGGGAGGCAAUGCCUGUGGCUAAGAAACCUGGCAGCACAGUGAUUGCUGGUUCCAUUAACCAGAACGGGUCACUGCUUAUCUGCGCAACACAUGUUGGAGCAGACACAACCCUUUCUCAAAUUGUCAAACUUGUGGAAGAGGCACAAACAUCAAAGGCUCCUAUCCAGCAGUUUGCAGACAAACUCAGUGGCUAUUUUGUUCCUUUUAUUGUUUUUGUUUCCAUUGCCACCCUCUUGGUAUGGAUUGUAAUUGGAUUUCUGAAUUUUGAAAUUGUGGAAACCUACUUUCCUGGCUACAGUAGAAGUAUCUCCCGAACAGAAACGAUAAUACGAUUUGCUUUCCAAGCCUCUAUCACAGUUCUGUGUAUUGCAUGUCCCUGUUCACUGGGACUGGCCACUCCAACUGCUGUGAUGGUGGGUACAGGAGUAGGUGCUCAAAAUGGCAUACUAAUAAAAGGUGGAGAGCCAUUGGAGAUGGCUCAUAAGGUAAAGGUAGUGGUAUUUGAUAAGACUGGAACCAUUACUCAUGGAACCCCAGUCGUGAAUCAAGUAAAGGUUCUAACGGAAAGUAACAGAAUAUCACACCAUAAAAUCUUGGCCAUUGUGGGAACUGCUGAAAGUAACAGUGAACACCCUCUAGGAGCAGCCAUAACCAAAUACUGCAAACAGGAGCUGGACACUGAAACCUUGGGUACCUGCAUAGAUUUCCAGGUUGUGCCAGGCUGUGGUAUUAGCUGUAAAGUCACCAAUAUUGAAGGCUUGCUACAUAAGAAUAACUGGAAUAUAGAGGACAAUAAUAUUAAAAAUGCAUCCCUGGUUCAAAUUGAUGCCAGUAAUGAACAGUCACCAACUUCGUCUUCCAUGAUUAUUGAUGCCCAGAUCUCAAAUGCUCUUAAUGCUCAGCAGUAUAAAGUCCUCAUUGGUAACCGGGAGUGGAUGAUUAGAAAUGGUCUUGUCAUUCAUAACGAUGUAGAUGAUUUCAUGACUGAACAUGAGAGAAAAGGUCGGACUGCUGUAUUAGUAGCAGUUGAUGAUGAGCUGUGUGGCUUGAUAGCCAUUGCAGACACAGUGAAGCCUGAAGCAGAACUGGCUAUCCAUAUUCUGAAAUCUAUGGGCUUAGAAGUAGUUCUGAUGACUGGAGACAACAGUAAAACAGCUAGAUCUAUUGCUUCUCAGGUUGGCAUUACUAAGGUGUUUGCUGAAGUUCUACCUUCUCACAAGGUUGCUAAAGUGAAGCAACUUCAAGAGGAGGGGAAACGGGUAGCAAUGGUGGGAGAUGGAAUCAAUGACUCCCCAGCUCUGGCAAUGGCUAAUGUGGGAAUUGCCAUUGGCACAGGCACAGAUGUAGCCAUUGAAGCAGCUGAUGUGGUUUUGAUAAGGAAUGAUCUUCUGGAUGUAGUGGCAAGUAUUGACUUAUCAAGAAAGACAGUCAAGAGGAUUCGGAUAAAUUUUGUCUUUGCUCUAAUUUAUAAUCUGGUUGGAAUUCCCAUAGCUGCUGGAGUUUUUAUGCCCAUUGGUUUGGUUUUGCAGCCCUGGAUGGGAUCUGCAGCAAUGGCUGCUUCAUCUGUUUCUGUAGUACUUUCUUCUCUCUUCCUUAAACUUUACAGGAAACCAACUUACGAGAGUUAUGAACUGCCUGUCCGGAGCCAGAUAGGACAGAAGAGUCCUUCAGAAAUCAGCGUUCAUGUUGGAAUAGAUGAUACCUCAAGGAAUUCUCCUAAACUGGGUUUGCUGGACCGGAUUGUUAAUUAUAGCAGAGCCUCUAUAAACUCACUACGGUCUGAUAAACGCUCCCUAAACAGUGUUGUUACCAGUGAACCUGAUAAGCACUCACUCCUAGUGGGAGACUUCAGGGAAGAUGAUGACACUGCAUUAUAAAAGGCCAUGGAGAGUGCUGCCAGUUUAACUUAUCAUGCACUGACACAGCAUUCAUGAUGUUACCUUCACUUUUCAAAAUAUUGUAGAAGGAUUUUAUGUUGGUCUCAUGCUCUUAUAUUAGGGAUUCUAUUUGAGUUGCGUUUAUCUGUUGGCAAAAAUAUCUUUUUCAAGGCAUCAGCUCUGAACCUAGCUUUAUUUAAACUGAAUUUCCAGUAUAUUUUUGUUUUCACUAACAACAGAUAAGGUAGAGCAGUGAGGUUUACAACAAGCCCUACAAUUAGAGAUUGCUGAACUGCUGCCAAAGUGAUAUAUUUUUUAUUUGACCAAAAAAAAAGAGGCCCAAGAAGAAGAAAAUGAAAAAUUUGAAGAUUUGAGAGCAUGAAGAUAUUCAUGCUUUUGAAUUCAAAAUAUUGAAGAUACUCUCAAGCCUGUAUCCCUGCCCCAUUGGGGAGCAAUGACUUUCAAAGCACUGUGUAUAAAACAUCUAGUUUUAGAGGGAAACAGUUGAAACUGUUUAAAAAUAGAUGUGCCUUAUUUAUUGCAGGCUUUCUUUCCCCCAUUCUCCCUGCAUCCUUGUCCUUGCAGGUGCUUUUUUAGAUGCUCCAGUAUGUCUUCUUUUGUUAUUUUCUUUCGAGCUAACCAAGUUUAGGUGGUUUUUCAUUGAUUAAAAAUAACUGACAACUGUUCUAAUAUUUUGCUCCUUUUUAAAUUUUGUAGCUCAAAAGACCUUAAAGGUCUGUAGGGUUCCCUGCCUCCCAUCUUUCCACUGUUGUAAAAAGUAUAUCAAAUUAUUCCUUCAAGUUUCCUAUCUCUGUGCUCAGUUUCAGUUCACUCCUGCCAAGUUGGGCUUUAAGUUGUUCUUCAUGUAGUCUGUUGAUCUCAGUCCGGAAACUUAACAUUAUUAGCCUCUUCUGCUCAAAAGAUUUUCAAAGAUUAAAACUAUUAUACAUAUACAGGUCAUAUAAAAUUACCUGGAUUCACUAAAUUUGUUUGUUGUCGUUGUUGAGACAGAGUCUCGUUCUGUAGCCCAGGCUGGAGUGCAGUGGCACCAUCUUGGCUUGCUGCAAUCUCUGCCUACAGGAUUCAAGGAAUUCUCCCUGCCUCAGCCUUCCAAGUAGCUAGGAUUACAGGCGCCUGCCACCACACCCGGCUAAUUUUCAUAUUUUUCAAUAGAGAUGGGGUUUCGCCACGUUGGCUAGCCUGGUCUUAAACUCCUGACCUCAGGUGAUCUGCCCGCCUUGGCCUCCCAAAGUGCUGGGAUUACAGGUGUGAGCCACCAUGCCCGGCCUAAAUUUGUAUUUUUUGAAUUGAGUAUAAUCACUUUGCUAGUAUAUAUAAUUUAAUAGAUUUUAUUUAUCUUUUAGUGUUUCAGAUAACCUCUCAAAAAGACUUUAAAAUAAUGCUAUUACACAAAGCUGCAUUUACCAAAAAAUACAGUAAAAUCAUAAUACAGAAACUAAAAUUUCCCUAGGUUAUGAUGCUUUUUAGCCAAACAUAUACUUUUCUCUAGUUUAAAACAUUUGAACUUGCCUAGUUAGUGUGGUUGGCAAAUUUAGGAGCUCGUUCCCAUUGCCAAAUGGAUUUAGAAAUUCCCUUGUGAGUGCCUGGUAGCUAAUACGCUGGUCAGAGAUCUGGUACUUGUAAGACUAUUUAAAUUUCUUUGUUAGUUGCAAGAUGGAUUUCAUAUGCAGAAUAUGUAAAUGAAGAGGACUCAUAAGUAAAUUCCUAACAUUUUGUUCCCAUUACCAUAAGCAAAGCUGCUGCUAACCCAACAUCUGGCACGUAGAAUUUGUACUCGGUAAAUGUUAGUUCUUUUCUCCCCUUGAGGUCAGUAAUAAAUACAAAAAAUCAUUUUUCUAGAGCAGAGUCUUAAAAUCAAGUGGGGGUAGGGGAUGGAGUUCUUCCUUUCCUACCCCUUUUCUCUUUUAUCCUUUCAUAUAUACACACACAAAGUUUACAACCUUAUUCCAUGCUGUCUUUCAGAUUUAGAAAAGAUCUAAUUUCUGUCUCAGCUGUCUUAAAGAGAGAACUGAAGCUUUUGAUGAAGGUGCUAUUAAUCUAGAAAGGCAAACCCAUUUCACUGAAAUAUCAAUGAGUUUGUAUAUCUAGGCCCUUUUUUUAGACCAAUGCCUAUGCCAUCCUCCAUGCUUUCAGCUUGACUUUUAUUAUUUAUUAUUUUAAUUCCAUUGGCCCAUCUUAUAACACAACUUGUUUCUUCUAGAAGACACAGCUGAUAGGGCAAAUGUUGAAAAAAGAAGCAUCCCUCCUUCUCCCUCCCACCCACCUCAAGCAGUUGAACACAACCAGUUACUCUUCCAUUAUUGUGUGUACCUUUGAGUCAUCCUCUUGGUCUUGUAUUCAUAUUGUGGGACAGUGGGAAUAGCAGCUUAUAGUAUUGAAAUAAUCAAAGAGAUAAUUUCAGCUCUUACAACAAGAACAGAAAACAUGCUAAUUAGAAAGAGUCCUGCUUUAAGUAAUAUGUAGCCACAUUUGAAUCCUCUACCACAAGUCUUUUUUGCAAUCUUGAACUUUCAUUAGCUUCAAAGAGAAGCUGUAUUUAUAGGAGAAAGAGGUGAUUAUGGAGGGAAUAAAAAACACUGCUUUCAGUUAGUAGCUAGCUUUAGGUCAGGAGUUAAUAAUGAGAAAUUUUAUAAAUGUGUGUUUGUGUGUAUUCACAAACAUAUAUAUAUACACACACAUAUAUAUGUACAUACACGUACAUAUAUAUUACCAUACCGAAGGGAAAUGGAUUUAUAUUUGAAUUUGAUAUUUGAAUAUUUGAAGUUCUCUAUUUGUAUUUCAUUUAUCACUCUUCUGUAUUCACUCAGCAACCGUGCCCUUAGUCUGAAGAUAACAAGGAUACUUUAGUAUCCAGUGCCAGUUCAGACUCACCUAUGUGGCACCUUAAACUUAAAUAUCCAAAGAUGCCUUUUGAAUUUCAAAGAUUAAAACACAACUAGAGUAGUAGUGUUGUAGUCUCAAGAUGUAUGGUGUGUCAUUUGUGAAAAUAGAAAUGUUAUUUUUCCUAGUUUAGUAUCAACAUUUUAGAAUGUCAAAUUUGAUGCCUUGUGAACAAGUAAUUUUAUAUUGUGCUUUAAUUUUUUAAAAAGUAUUCUUUAUUCAUAUGUAUAGGAUGCUUAAAAUAGCACUGUAGACAAGAUGUUUCCAAAACUUUACGUGCACAUAUCUUUUCUGUAUACAGCUUAAAAUCAAAAAUGUAUGUUAAGAUAAUUUUUUCUAUUACUUAUGGAUCAUGCUUUAAAAUGAUUUUUCUUGAUAUUUAUUUUACUCCAUUUUGUUUUUUUCUCUGGGUGAGGCAUCUGGUUACUGGUUAUUUUAAAAAGAAUAAAGACAUUCCUGGAAUCACUCUUUUUGGGUUUUUGUUUGUUUUGUUUCUUUUCUACAUUUUUAAGUAUUAUUUUACAAAAUAGAAAAAAUAUAGAUUCAUGUCAAAUUAUUACCUAUUUUUACACUAACUUUCUGCAGUCCCUCCAUCUGGUAUGAGUAACCAGAUAGAGCACAAAGCAUGAGUUCUUGUUCUUCAGUUAAAAAAGCUUCUUUCACAGUGUUGAUAACAAAUGCCUUUUGUAGCCAGAACCAGGCGUCUCAACCUUAUGUUUUUAGUUAAAGAAAUGUUUAGCUAAACAUUGUUGAACAUUGAUUGUUUGGUACCCAAAACAGCAGUGGACGAUGUUGUGCAAUAUCCAUCUACUGUGGUUAAGAUAUUCAGUAGUUUGUUUUUCAUAAGCAUGUAAUUGAUCAUAUUUCUGCCAAGGAUGUGCCUUCAACUUUAUAAUUAUAGUGUUAUAAAAUUUU